AUGUCGACUCCGUACUCCGGAUGUAUACAAACGUUACGUCGGGAAAAGCAUUUCCUACAGGACAACUACAUGAAGCACGAAGAUAUGGAAAUACAAAUCGGACAACCCGCAUUAUCUGACCCAGAACGAGAUGCUCACCGUAGUCGUGUGAUGGACGGAUCAUCGAGAUUGAAAGUAGCGAAAGCGCAUCCGACAAACCAACUCCCUCGAAGACGAAUUAUUGCCCAACCUCCAACCGCGCCCCUGCAAACAGGUAGGAUUCUCAUCUGGAGGUCCUUGGGCGGCUGUCACGCGAAGCACAAGAAUUUCCCGAAGCCCGUCCCGCGGGAUAUCGAGAGGAUGUCCGUUAUUUCAUACCAUCAUCAUCUAGGAGAGUGUAUCGGCAGCCUCCUCUGUUGUGGGAAGAGACAGGCAGGUGUUACAUGGUGGUUAUCCUUUAUUGUUAGGGCGCAGUUGGUUUGUCGAUGCAGGACAGGGAACCAGGAACUCUCCCCUGGGACUGGAGAGGAUACGGGAGACCAGAGCUCGGAAAGCAGAAUGGUACCAGAGAAGCAAAUUGAUGCGAUCGACUGGGCCUAG